UCUCUUGUGUCUGGAUACUUGUUGCCAUACUGCACUGGCCAUAACAGCUAGCAGCGGUAGCCAGUAGUUGAGUUGUAUCUACCAGCAGCCGUAGCAAUAGCUGGAAAAGUCGCUCCGUCCACACACCAAUGACAGGAACACUAAACGUAAAAAUAUGCGCAAGGUUAUGUAUUGAUAAUUGGCUGCUUUUUCUCAUCGUUAUCGCCAACGCUGCAUGAAGGUAUCUGUGAUUUUGAAAAGCGCAGCAACUGAACUCGGAUAUGGAUCCUGAACGGCAGAAACGAAGAGAGGAGAUUCAGAAGGCCAUGAGCUUUAUCCAGUCUUCAUUGCCUUUCCCAGAGCCAGAGAGUUAUGAGGCAUUUCUCACUCAGUUGGUGUGUAACUUGCUGGAUGAAGGGAAUUCUUGUUUUCGGGAUGGAGACUGGCAUCAAGCGACCCAGCAGUAUGGAGAGGGGAUCAGUGUUGCUCGCUACGCCCAGGCUGAGGCUCUCGUCAUCCCCCAUGAGCUGCUCGAGAGCCUCUACGUCAACAGGGCUGCUGCCUACUACCAGAUGAGGGAGUACGAUCGCGGCGUUCAGGACUGUGACAGCGCACUGUGUGUGUCAGAAGGAAGUCGCAGGGCUCUGUACCGCAAAGCGCUCUGUCUGAGGGAGAUGGGACAACUCAGAGAGGCUUACACAUGUGGAACCAAAUGUCUCCUCACAGCACCAAAUGACAGACAGGUGAGUGAUCUGGCUCAGGAUCUAGCCAACAAACUGGGACUAAAGGGUCGUAAGGCCUACGUCAGCCCACAAACGGAGUCUACGGCCACUGAAGGUGACAGUCAUGGAGAGACUUCCACACCCACUGGAGAGAUGUCCUCCAAUGGAAUUGAAUCUCUGGGUGACAUUGCACCAGCAGACAUCUCCAGCGCACAGUGCAUCCCCGCUCCUUUGGCUACUCCUAUUCCAGUCAGCGAUGACCCAACGACCACUGUGGUAACCUCGUGCACUGACCUCUCAGAGAGCCCCAGCAGCCAGGUGCCUCCCAUGCAGUACUCGGUCCCGGUGUCAGAGCACAUGGAUGAAUGCAGCAGUAGUGUUAUUAAGGAUGAGCUAGACAGCUUGUUAGAAUCCAUCCCCAAGAAAGUCAGUGAGACUCCAGUGGGUGCUAUUCCCACAAACCUGCCCAACACAGCAGUUGGUCUCCGGCCUCCUUACUCACCCAGCCUUCCAGCCCCUUCAUCCCAGCUUUCCCAAGCCUUUUUUAGCUCUUCAAUCAGCGACAUUCCUCCUCUGGAAGCUUACUCGUCGCUGCGGGACCAGGGCUCCACCCAGGCGCAGGACGCACUGGGAGGCUUUUCCACGACGUCUAUGGAAGGAGAAGGGAAGGCAGGAGUCGCCGCUGGGGGACUCGACUCAUUGUCAGAGUACACUCUCCCUGGGGGACGAGUGUGUCACAGCUUCAUUCCUGGAAUGCGCAACCACAGUGCACAUGCAAAUGGUCCAGCAGGGACCAACCUGUCUCUGCUCUCCAGGAAUCCUCUGGCUGCCACACACGAGUUUCGGCAGGCCUGUCAUGCCUGUUACAGCAGAAUAGGUCCACGAGUGAUGGACUAUAAGUAUCAGCCAGAGGCAGCACAUCGCUGUAAAAGAGAUGUGCUGCUGUGUCGUCUCAAAAAUUCAGACGACCCCACCUGGAAGAGGAUUCGGCCCCGGCCUGCACGGAACAAUUUCCUGGGGGCUUUUGUACUCUGUAAGGAGGUACAGGAGCGUCAGGAGUGCCAGUAUGGGGAGAACUGCACGUUUGCGUACUGCCAGGAGGAGAUCGAUGUGUGGACUCAGGAGAGGAAAGGCGCUCUGAGUCGAGAGCUGCUGUUUGAUCCUCUGGGCAGCACAGAGAGGCGGGCACUGAGUGUCACCAGACUUCUGCAGCUCCACAUGGGCAUGUUCAUGUUCCUCUGUGAGGAAUGCUUUGACAGUAAACCUCGCAUCAUCAGCAAACGCAGCAAAGAAAACUUGGCGGUCUGUUCAAAUCUCACAGCUCGACACCCGUUUGACGAUAACAAGUGCCUGGUGCAUGUGGUAAGGUCAGCCAAUGUGCGAUACAGUAAGGUGCGUCCUCUUCACCCUCUCUGCCAGUUUGAUAUUUGUCGGCAUGAAGUUCGCUAUGGGUGCCAGCGUGAGGACAGUUGCUCCUUUGCGCACUCUGUCAUAGAGCUCAAAUGCUGGGUUCUGCAGCAGGACACAGGUAUCACCCAUGAAGAGAUGGUGCAAGAGUCCAAGAGGCACUGGCAACGACUGGAGCAGAAUGCACAGAAGCAGCAGAAGCCCAUCCAUAUACCCCAUCCAAGCAGCAGUGUUCCUGUAGGAGGGCUUGGGGGAAUGGGUGGCGGUGGUGGAGUAGGAGUAGGAGGAGAUUGCAUAGGUGGCAGUGGUGUGAGCCCAGUGGGUGGGUUAGGAGCAGGAAGAGGUCGCCCCCUCAACCUGAAAAUGAAGUUUGUGUGUGGUCAGUGCUGGAGAGAAGGUCAGGUCAACGAGCCGGACAAGAACCUCAAGUACUGUACUGCCAAGGCACGGCACAGCUGGACGAAAGAACGCCGGGUGUUGCUGGUAAAGUCAUUUGAGAAGAAGAAGUGGGUUGUUGUUCGGCCUCUUCCCUUCUCCCGCACCUAUCCACAGCAAUAUGACAUGUGCGUGCACGUGAUGAAGCAGAAGAAGUGCCACUAUAUUGGGAACUGCUCUUUUGCCCACAGUCUUGAGGAGAGGGACGUCUGGACGUACAUGAAAAACAACAGCUUGAGAGACAUGCAGCAGAUGUAUGAACUGUGGCUGCAGCUCACCAAUCAGAGCAGACGCUCAGAUAACUCUGCUGUGACCCCGCCCCCAGAAGACAAGCAGGUCACCAUAACAGCAGAUUACACAGAAGCCAUGGGAGGCCGGCAGUUAUCGGACGGGGACGACCUUUAGGCAAAGCUGUGUUGAAUAGAAGCAGCCAAUCGCCGCCGAACUGCAUCAGAGAGAUGGGCAUGCCACACCAGCUACAACCGAACAGUCUGUCAUCUUACCAGUCUGACCUUCUCUAACAUCUCGACAGCAGCGAGAAAGCAAAUUGACAUGAAAAACAAUUGAACCCACCCUCACACAAACAUUUUACACACAAAUCACAGGAGCCAAUUCAAGCUUUGUAAAUACAGUGCGGGACAUGAGCCUUUUGUUUUCCCAUCGUGCUGCAGUCAGAAUAUGACUCCUUUAGGUUCCCAGAAAUUCCAGAGACAGCUUUUUUUGUUUUGACUAAAGUAAGUGUUCCCAAGUGUUUUCAUACAGCAGCUCUGUCCACCAGAAUCCAUUGUUUUGGUUGUUUCUUUGUUUUUCCAAAUCCUUGUUGCACUGGAGCAGUUCUUGGGUGAGCGCGCUGGUCGCAGCUCUAACAUUUUUCUCGCUGAUAGUUCAGAAACCCAGUAAAUGCUCGCCAUUCCAGCGGGCAAAUGCUCUCAGUGCUGUAAUGGCUAUCAAAAGUGAAGAAACUGUAACGCAUUGGAGAAAGAGGCUCCUGGUGGACAUGCCUCGCUAAGCUCUGCAACAACCAAAUCCUGCUCUUCUUCCUUUGUGGGAAUAUAGUGAGAGGAUCAGAAUAAAUUCAAUUGAUUUCUGAGCAACAUUUUUGUUUUCCAAGGAGAGUUACACGGUUCCUUGUUCUAUUGUCUGCCAUAUUGGUAGAAGCUAUGAAUGUAAUGCCUGCAUGGGCCUUCAUAAAGAGAAGAUUAGUCAUGUAACAUGUUGCUGUGCCGGAAUGUAUGCAAGUUUAUUUCCCAAAAACGAUUUAAUUGCAGUUCUCGCCCCUCUUUUAUAGAAAAAAAGGCCCCUUAGUAGCUGGUUGUGUUAUCAUACCAACGCUUCCUGAGUGGGAUGAGCACAGACACAUUCUUACUUGGUAACCUUAUACCUGCUGCCCACAGAGAGUCAACUUGAAUGUCAUUUUCUCUCAGGCUGACAAAAGAGGGAGGUAAAAUUAUGCUUUCACAACAUAGUUGAUCAAACCCCUUGAUUAAAGUACACAAGGCUGAUGGCUAAGUUUCCUCGAGGCUAUAUUCUUCAUAAAAUACUGUACUGGCAUGCAGCUGACAGACGGGUGAAGCUGGUGUUGGAGAGCUACCGAAAAGUAACUGCAGCAUUUCACAAUCCCAUCUGGAGUUGCCCUUCUGUAAUGGAUCAGACUGAGGGUGGCUGUUUAAAAGUAAUGAUCUCACUUGGACUGAAGCAAAGUGAAAAUGUUGCCUGUGCAGAAUAUUUGAGUUGUAAGAGGGGAAAAAAUAGCUUUGUAGUUGUUCAAGAUGAAAGAAUGACAUCCAGAUGAAUAAUAACUUAAACAUAAAGAUAUAAUAAGGAUGAUUGAAACUAUAUUUUUCUAGUUUAAAGUUGUAUUGUUUGAGAAGAUUUGAAUGCAAAGGCAAGUGGGCAUUCUUUCAGUCCAGCUGAGUUCAUCACAAACCAGUUGCACUCCCACAUCCUUCAGAUGGAGACCGGUGUUCCUCAUAUGAGCCCAAAUGUAUCUGUUCCCGAUAGCUAACGAUAGCCCGCCUGGGGGAAACGUGCUAGCUUGAGAUGGGGAAAGAAUUCACACCACAUAUUGUGCCUAUAAACAGCACCACAUGUGACUGACACACACACACACACACACACACACACACACACACACAGGAUAUCUGUUGCCAUCUUAUUCUAGCCUUUAAUGUGGAUAGACACGAUGAAGGUAUGUCUAUAUUCAGAUACAUACAUAUUAUACAUAUUUACAAAUAAUGCUAUACUACUAAUAAUAAUUGAUAACUUAGCAGUUAAGCUUAAUAAAUAUAUAACCUGAAAACCUGUAUUGAUUACAUAGAACUUCUUGUUAUUGAGGUAUUGCUAUAUGACAUGUAUCGCUGAACUAGAUGACUAUAGUGAUUUUUUUUUUUUUUAAAGAUUCUUUUUAUUUUGAAAAGUUUUCCUUCAGUGUGGGUUGUUCCAGACAGGGUUAGAUACAAGUGGCUGAAUGUGGAGAGAUGGAUCACCGAGAGGGUCAAAUAUUUGCACUUGGAGCAGAGGGCUAGAAGUCAAACAAGUCAGUCAAGUUGAAGUUGUUUUGUUUUUUUUCCGCAAUCAGAACAGCGUAAACUGAUUUGCAGGAUGCUGUAUUUUUCCAGUUGUAUACUCUGCUAGUACAGGAGAACGCUGUGGUUAAGAGGAGCAAAGGAGAGACCUAAAGAAACAAGAGCAUCAAACCACAGGAUACUUACUUUACAUGAGUUUUCUGAUGUUGCUGACCACUGAACGAGCUGACCAAAAACGCAGCUCGCACGUCAGUCUGGCAGGUCGCGUGGCAGCAGAUCAGGCCUUGUCUGGAACAGCCCUCUUAUUAGCUUCUUCGAGGGAUCGUAUUACUACUGCUCCUAGUAUUAUGAUGAAUAUGAUGACUAUAAUGAUUGCUAUUUCGAUUUCUCUUCUAUAUGCUAUUGAUAUAUGUAUGUUAAUUGCAAUGUAUAACUCUCUCUUUAUAUAUGUAUCCAUGUAUGAAUAUAAUAUGCAUCUGUGUAUGCUGCUAGUGCACAGCUCUGUUUGGGGGUGAAGGCAGUGAGCAGAAAACACAGAUUCUGGUAGAUUUCAUUUAUCGGCUGCCAACAGCUGUAGACUUGUAAAUGAGCACUAUAUCUGAGAUCUUCUGGUAGGACCAAAGGGUAAAACUAGAUAGUUGAUGAUUAAAGUAUAUAUACUGUAACGUCUUUCCUUCUUGCAGUGUCUCAGUUUGAUCCUACCAGCAGAACUCACUGCUCACUGCCUUUGCUUUGCCUCUUUGGUUGAGCUGAUUCACCGGGCAAGGACAGAUCUGGAAACGACCGCAUACACAGAGGCUUAUAUACUCCCGUAUAGCGCCUUAUUCAAUAUACUUCACCUAUAAGAUGAUAACAUACCCCUAUUGUAUAACCCUCCUUACUAUAUACAGUAUAUGAUACUUGAUACCUAUUAUAAUACUUAGACACCCUUAUAAGGUAAUCUGAAUAAGAGAUGAUGGGCUGUCUUUUUUUCCGUGGCUGUUGAAAAGUGUGCUGUGGUCAGAAAUGUGUUCUCAUCUUGCUUUUGAGAGUUAAAUGGGACAGGCUAUAAAGGAGAGUGGCGCUCACCCAAAGAAAAUAUAAUUUGAGUUUUUUUAAAAAUCCCAUUUGGCCAACAUAGACUAAAAUUUGUCGAUCUGGAUUUAGGUUUUUGCUGUUUAAAUAAGAGAGCAAAUCAUUUGAGGUGAGGCUCCUCUCCCUAGUGUUUGUGAGAGAGGUUGGGGAAACAAAGAAGCAAAUGUCUGGGCUGCUUGUUGUGUGCGUGCCGUUUAAAAGCCGACGAAUCAUGACACAACCUUAUCGAGCGUGUGACGGAUUCUGGUGCCAAAGCAUCUGAUAAAACAACCAGAUUUGCUCGCGUAUAUGUGGAAGAAAUUACUUUUCUCUACCCCCCCUCUUAAAAUAAAGGGGGGCAAAUAAUGAAUUUUGUUGCUCACACAGGCAUGCUUCUUCUGAAUGUCACCUGACUUCAAAGUUGUGUGUUCUGAUAAAGUGUCCUGAUCCAGUCACUUCACUUUAAUGCAUCUUGCCGCAGUGAAAUGAUGUUACACGCUGCCCAGUUGCUGCUCCAAAAAGAAAUAUUCAAGUGACCUACCAUCCCGUUGCCUCUUUGCCACUCCGGCUCCCCCACCCUCCGAUGAAGUUUGUGUCAUGUGUUUGGCAGCACCAACACACACCUACACAGCUACAAAAGACUGAACGAAUCAGUUUUCAAAAGGUUAGAAUUUUUUUUUAUUUUUUGGGUUAUUGUUUUCGGCAACUUCAAAUGAGAAAACCAGGGAUGCAAGAAGUGGAAAAAACAAGGCCUCUGUUUAUUUGUUUGUUUUGUAUGUUUUUCUUUUUUAAAAACAACAUUUUGUUGUUAUUUUUUUCCCCUUCUUGACUUUUUCUCUUUUCUCCUCCCUGGUUGGAAGUUGAUGAUCACACAUGUGGACCAAAUCUCUUGAAAGCAUUUAAUAAACUUUUAGAAAAAA